AUGGAUGCUCCUCGUCGUCCUGCGGACGAAGAAGGAGAAGACGUGACAAUGGAAGUUACGGCAGCUGAGAGACCAGAGGAGGAUGCCGAACUCCGGCUGAUCCUGGUCGGAAGGUCCGGAGGUGGGAAAAGCGCCACGGGCAACACCAUCCUCGGCCGGAGGGAAUUCGAGUCCGUCUUGUCAGCAAAGACCAUCACCUUGAAAUGCCAAAGGGGGCAGGGAAUCUGGAAAGGCAGAAAGGUCUCCGUGAUCGACAUGCCUGCCAUUUUCGAUCCUGAAGACAACACGGAGUUUGUGCGACACGAGAUCAGGGCUUGCGUCGAACUCUCCCAGCCUGGCCCCCACGCCCUGAUCUUGGUAACCCAGCUGGGACGCUUCACCGUCGAAGAUGUAACAGCUGCAAAGCGUGUCUGGCAGAUCUUUGGGGCCGAGUCCGCCAAGCGCAUGAUCGUCCUCUUCACCUGCCUGGAGGAUUUGGGCGGGGACCCCCUGCAGGAGUACGUCCAAAAGUCCAACAGUGAGGCACUGCGGGAGCUCAUCUGGCAGUGUGGGGACCGCUUCUGCGGCUUCAGCAACAAGGCCGCGGUAGCCGUGCGGGAGAGGCAGGUCUCGGAACUGAUGGAGAUGGUGCAGAGAGUCGUUUCAGAGAACAGGGGGAGACACUACGUCAUCCAGCUGCGUGAGGUGCCCAAGAAACCCCCAGAUUCGGCCUGUGCCAAUCGUCCGGAAAUGGCUGGAAGCAUCCGAGGGCCCGAACGGCGGAUCGUCCUCGUGGGCAGGACCGGAAGUGGGAAAAGUGCGACGGGAAACACAAUCCUGGGAAGCCAAGUCUUUGGGAUGUCACCUAUGUCCGAUACAAAACGGUGCCGAAAGGAGGAAGUGCUGUGGAACGGCAGGAGGAUUGUGGUUGUCGAUACACCUGGCUUCCUCGACACCGGGCGUCCGGAGCCGAAAAAUGCUGAUGAAGUGAGCAACUGUGUGAAGUUAUGCUCCCCGGGUCCCCACGUUAUUCUCUGGGUCAUGCGCCCUGACCGUUUCUCCCAGGAGGAGAAAGACGCGGCUCGGAUAAUCAAAGAGAUUUUCAGCGAGAAAGGCCGGAAUUAUAUGAUCGUCCUGUUCACCCAGAAAGAUAAGCUGGAAGGUCGUUCUCUUGAAAAUUUCACGUAUUUCCAAGAGCAAAAGAAAUAUCUUGCUGAAUGUGGGAACCGCUACUUGGCUUUCAACAACACGGCCGAAGGAGAAGAACGGGAGGCUCAGGUGGCCGAACUGAUGAAGAUGAUUGACCAGCUCGUAUACGAGAACGGAGAUGCUCUUUAUUACACGGAGGACAUGCUGAAGAAAGAUAUCGAGAACUUCAGAAUAAUCCGUGCCUCCUCGUUUUGUCCUAUUUUCUAACACACGCCUUUCCCCACCUUUUCACAGAUUCUACCACCUUUAAAACAUGACAAUAUUCGCGUACCACCAGUGUCUAAAACUUGAGCAAAAAAACCUGAUCAAUGUACACCCACUUACCA